CGGCUAUAUAUAAAUGAAUGGCCAUUCCCCAAUCGGUCACAGUGCGGCCGGUGUGCUUCUCCACAUACAAAUGUGGUUUACAUUAGAUUGCGCAAUUUGCUCCAUCACACAACUCUGGGCGGCCAAAGAUAAAACACUCUCCAACGGAGCGUGCUUCAAGUGACAUCGUCUUGCUGUGCCUCUCUGUGGUUUUACUCACUAAUCAGCCAAUUUUCCACGGAAAAUCCAGUUCAGGGCGACUGUAGGAAUAUCUCAGUGAUUUCUCAGUUGAUUUGGCCAUCAAAUCGAGGUGUCAUUGGAGUGAUUUUGUGAAAAUUUUAGAGCGACAGAAACUCUCGGCGGAGAUCGAAAUUCUCGAAUAUUUUCCGUAACGUUUGCAUUUCCUCCGCUUUUCACGAGCUAAGCAGAAAUGGGUCUCCUUUCCGAGGGCAGUCCACUGAGUUGGGAAGAGACGAGGAAGCUGGCCAACCACGUGCGACAGCAUGGCAUUGAGCAAUUCAUUCAUCUCUACGCACGCUUGAGAGAUCGCCAGGGGGAUAUUCUCAAGUGGGGCGAUGAGAUAGAGUACAUUCUCGUGAAGUUCGAUGACGAGAAGAAGACAGCCAGAGUGUCUCUACGUGCUCAGGAGAUGCUGGCACUGCUCAAUGAGAAGGAACUCGCUGAUCCGCAGGGUGUGAAAUCCCUGUGGCGCCCUGAAUACGGCGCCUAUAUGGUUGAGGGCACUCCUGGGAAGCCCUAUGGUGGUCUCUUGGCACACUUUAACGUCGUGGAGGCAAAUAUGCGCUAUAGACGGCUGGAACUGUCGAAUUUGCUGCCACCAGGCGAAACUGUGCUCUCCAUAACCAACUUUCCCAGGCUGGGUUGCGACGUCUUUACGUAUCCUGAAGCUGUUCCAACGCCCGAUGACGAGAAUUGUGCCGCUCGAUCACUCUAUUUCCCCGAUGAGGGCACAUAUGCUGGUCAUCCGAGAUUCAAGACGCUCACGCGGAACAUUCGCAUGAGGCGCGGUGAGAAAGUUGCCAUAAAGCUGAAGGUGUUUAAGGAUGAAAACACAAAACUGCCCGUCGAGGGGAGUCCAGCUGGUGAACCGGAGGUUGUCUUGAUGGACGCAAUGGGCUUCGGCAUGGGCUGUUGUUGUCUCCAGCUCACGUUCCAGGCCUGCAAUAUCACCGAAGCUCGCACCCUCUAUGACCAACUCACUCCACUGUGCCCCAUUAUGUUGGCUCUAAGCGCGGCAUCUCCUGUCUACAGGGGCUUCCUCACGGAGUCCGACUGUCGCUGGAAUGUGAUCAGCGCAUCGGUGGACUGUCGCACGCCGGAAGAGCGUGGCGAGAGGCCGCUGAAGGAGGGCCAGUUUAGAAUUUACAAAUCUCGCUAUGAUUCCAUCGAUUCGUACCUGUCGCCAGCUGGUGAAAAAUACAAUGACGUGCCUUUAGUAUACGACGAAGCGAUCUAUCAACGACUUCGCGAGGGUGAUAUUGAUCAUUUGCUGGCCCAGCACGUUGCUCAUCUUUUCAUUCGCGACACUGUGUCGCUGUUCAGUGAGAAAGUGCACCAGAAUGACGAACAAGACACGGACCACUUUGAGAACAUUCAAUCGACAAAUUGGCAAACGAUGCGCUUCAAGCCACCACCGCCCAACUCAUCAAUUGGGUGGCGUGUGGAAUUCCGGCCGUGUGAAUUGCAGCUGACGGACUUUGAGAAUGCCGCUAUUGUGUGCUUUGUUGUGCUCCUCACACGUGUUAUUUUGUCAUACAAACUGGACUUUCUCAUUCCAAUCAGCAAGGUUGAUGAGAACAUGCAGAAGGCACAGAAGCGCAAUGCAUGCCGAGAGGAGAGGUUCUGGUUCAAGAAGCACGUCACUGGACAGAUGAAGAAUGGCGAGGCAUUCGUUGAGAACGGCGUGUCAGACACGGAGGAGGAAUAUGAACUAAUGACAAUCGAUCAAAUCAUUAAUGGAAAGGACACUUUUCCUGGACUCGUACCGCUGAUUCACAGCUACUUGGGCUCCAUGGAUGUCGAUGCGGAUACUCAUUGCACCAUUCAACAGUACUUGAAACUCAUUCAGAAGCGCGCCUCUGGUGAAUUACUCACAACAGCCUCGUGGAUUCGGCAGCAAGUCGUCAAUCAUCCAGAAUACAAAAAAGAUUCCAUCGUGAGCGACAGAAUAAAUUAUGACUUGCUGAAGGUGUGCAAAGAGAUUCAGGACGGCGAGAGGCAGUGCCCGGAAUUGCUGGGUCAGGGGAACAAUUCGAAGACAAAAGAUAACAUUCCGCCAGCCAUACAGAAGCACUUGACCAUUGCAAAUGCAUGUACUUAAUGGGAAACUUUGUGUACUUCGUUGGGUAUAAUAGUCUGACUAUGCUGUUGUAUUUCGUCACAAUCUCCCGUGUGUGAAAAGCGAAUGGUGUGGAUUUGUUAAAUUUCCUUCUCUCAUUUCCACUUUUCCCUCCGUUUUCUCUUUCCGCGGAGCUAAAGCAACGACUUAACGCACACUUAUUCACAUGAUUUGCCGCGUUUGCCGCCCAAAUUGAGAAUUACCUGUGUUUUUGGCGCGUUUUGGGGUAGAACACAAAUGAUGGACGAGAAGAAUAAGAUCACUGUUGCAAAUGAGUGAGGAAAUACGUAGUGUGACAUUAUUGAAGUGAAAUGUGAUACGGGUAAUUGUUAAUUUUUGAACACACAAAUAGACACACACAUCACCUUAUUUCUUUUAAGGCAUUGCUUCUUAUAUGCAUCUCAUCCAUUCACUGUAAUAUAAACAAGAUAUUGUGCAUUUAAUAAUGAACAUCGUUCCACUGAAAAGCCUUCAUCAUUCCUUUGAAAUACAGAGAGAGAGAGAGAGAAGAAAAUUUUUACCACGUGAGAUUUUAUCGUUUUUCAGUGCAAUUUCCUUUAUUAAUCCUUAAUGUAUUUCCUUUUGUUGAGUUUUUUUUGUGCUCAAGAGUAGAUUGCAUGAUAGAUUUUUUUUGGCAAGAGGGAUUUUACAUUUUAUGUACUUCAAGUCUUUAUUAGACAUGAAAUUUAUGAUGAUAGAUCAAAAAAAAAACUAAUACAAAUGAUGAGAAAACAAAUACCUACAAUUAAAAAGAAAAUGUAGAGAAAGAGAGACACAAUAAAAUGUAAUAAUUUGUUAAUAAAAGUAUGGAUUUUUAAAGACA